CAGCAGAAGGGGGUGUGUGUGUCUUUAAGGCGCCCGUGUGUGUGUGUGUGUGUGUGUGUGUGUUCAGUCCGGUCCGGUCUGCUUGAGUUCAGAUCUGGUCUGAUUAUGUCUUAAAUCACCUGCAGCGGGUCGUGUUCACAGCUCUUUCACGUGUGCUCCUGGUUCGGUUCGCUUCGGGUCGUAAUGCAGUCUUCAUCUUCAUCAUCCUCAUCAGUGUUGUUUCUUCUUCUGUCGAGUUUUUCUCUCGCUUUGGCGUGUAAUAAAGCUCUGUGCGCCAGUGACGUCAGCAAGUGUCUCAUUCAGGAGCUGUGUCAGUGCCAGCCGUCGGAUGGGAACUGCUCGUGCUGUAAGGAGUGUCUGAUGUGUUUGGGUUCUCUGUGGGAGGAGUGCUGUGACUGUGUGGGCAUGUGUAACCCGAAGAACUUGAGCGACACGCCGGCGACGGCCAAGAGCACGGUGGAGGAGCUUCAGCGGCCGAUCCCCUCGCUCUUCAGAGCGCUGACCGACGGAGACGCGCCCAUCAACAUGAUGGUGGUGUCCUUCCCCGUGUCCGAGGAGCUGUCCUAUCAUCAGAACCUGGUGUCCUUCCUGGAGACGAUGGAGGACGCGCAUCACAACGUCUCUCUGCCCGGGAACAGCAUCCACGCCAGCUACGACACGCAAGAUAAGCUGUGUACGGUGGUGUACUUCGAUGACUGCGUGUCCAUCCGUCAGUGUAAGCAGUACUGCGAGUCGAUGGGAGGAUCCAAGUACCGCUGGUUCCACAACGCCUGCUGCGAGUGCAUCGGACCCGAGUGCCUCGACUACGGCAGCAAAGCCGUCAAAUGCAUGAACUGCCAGUACUGACACGUGUUUAUAUGUCCUUUUCUAUUCUUGCAGAUUGACAUGUAGCCAAAUAUGAUUGAGAUUAGAUGCAUAGUGUUCAUAUUCAGCUUUUAUUACGAGUCCGGGUCUUUAUUAAGACCGAUUGAUUUCAUAUCAAGUUAAAUCCUUAGUUUGUCUUCAGCUAAAUCUCCAGUAAAGAAUAAAGUCUGUAGUUUCCAGAGAGAA